AUGGAAAAGGAAUUAAUUGAAAAAUGGAUAAUUUGUAAACAAGAGGCUAACUGUACGUUUGCUAACAAUUUUCAGUAUGAAAACAACACAUUGCUAAAAGUGAACACAUUAUUCUUGUCAAAAUUGGAUAUUUGGGAAGAUUUCAUUGUAGCAAUAUUUCUCCUUACAGUUGGAGUUGCCUCUAUAGUACUAAAUGGUCUGGUUAUGUAUCUAUGUAUUCGAAAAGUCAAAAAGCUAGUUUCCUGUGAUUUCUAUGUAUUAAAUCUAGCUGUCAUCGAUAUAAUCAUGCCGGUGUUUGGUUUUCCUUUGACAAUCUAUUCAUCUUUAAAUCACCAAUGGAUGUUUGAUGAAAUUUUUUGUGCAGCGUAUGGUUUUAUUUGUUUCUUCUGUGGAGUUGUAAGCAUAACAACCCUUGCUGUUAUUAGCUAUGUACGAUACAUCAAAGUAUGUGGAGUCAAACGUGGUGGUUCCAUCCUUCUGCACACCAAAGCAUCACUUAUUGGAAUAUAUUGCUAUGCUGGUUUUUGGGCUCUGCUACCAUUAUUUCGUGUUGGUGCAUAUGGACCUGAACCUUAUGGAACGUCUUGUACACUAGCAUGGAAAGGUUAUCCAGUCUUUGUGACAUUUUUCUUAGUAGGCUGUGUACUUUUACCUGUUGUCAUAAUGAAUUUAUCAUACGGGAAGAUAAUAUGGACAUCAAAAAUUGCGCGACGGAGAGCAAGUGUCGAAGUUAGAAAAACUGGACCAACUUUGAAGAAGAGAGAUGCAUUUUUAAUUAAGAUGACGUUUUCUAUGUGUGUUGCAUUCGUUGGUCUAUGGUGUCCAUACGCAGUGGUCAGUCUGUGGACAGCGUACGGUGGUGAAGGAGAGGUGCCUGUCCGGUUGACACUAUGUGCAGUGUUGUUAGCAAAAUUAUCAACUAUUGUUAAUCCUAUUCUUUAUUUUAUGCUGAACAAAAAAUUUCGUCCAUUUCUUAAAAAAACGUUUUGCAAUAAAAGCUGA